AUGGCCGAGGAUCAAUCUGGCCCGCCGGCAGCGGACGGGGUGGUGGUGGCGAUGAAGGGCCAUCCGGGGUCAGGCAAGUCUACGGUGGCUCGUGCCAUCGCCUCCGCGCUCCGAUGCCCGCUCCUUGACAAGGACGACGUGCGGGACUGCACCCUGCACCUCGAGCACGCUGCCGCCGGCAGCGGCAUCCUCAACGACCUCUCCUACGCCGUGCUCUGGAGGUUGGCCGAGAGGCAGCUCCGGCUUGGCCUGUCCAUCGUCGUCGACUCCCCACUGUCGCGUCGAGCCCAUCUCGAUGCUCUGGCCCGCUUGCCUGCUGCACUUGUUAUCGUUGUGGAAUGCCGGCCAGGCAACCAAGAUGAAUGGCGCCGCAGGCUGGAGGAGCGUGGAGGUGUCUUGGCCGAUGAUGGAUGGCAUAAGCCCAAGACGUGGGCCGACCUAGAAAGGCUUGUGGAAGGGUACCAAGGUUGCACAAACUAUGACAUUGGGGAUGUGCCGAGGAUCGUUGUGGAUACAACGGACCCAACGGUCAGCACAGAGGCAAUCGCUGUCAGGGUUGUGGAUUUUAUUAGGCCUCUUCUAGCCCGUGCGCAUUAG